AUGACAUCCGAUAAACAAAACAAUGGCUAUCCCGCCAAACCGUUUACGCCCACCCUCUCCGCGGCCUUUCACCGCAACAAGAAAACUCCUUUAACCCCGAAGCUGGCCAGUCCGAGUCCAGGUCACCCCGCUACUCGUCGUCUCGCACAGCCUGAUCACCCCUAUUCAACACCGACCAAAGAUGAGAUCACCGCCGUACCUUCCACCUUACUUAGCGCCAAUGUCACCCCUCGAUCGGGCUCCCGUACCACACGACGCGACACAGCGUUCGCCUCGCCCACAAACACUCCUCUGGCUCCAUCCCCGCAGACUCCAUAUUCUCAGCCUACCGUGGGCCUGGGACUUCAAGGAGCACGGAGAACGGAGCGGAGCCCGGCUCGCGGGGUGAAGCCAGAGCAGUCAAGGAGUUUGCGAGCCAAAACUUUGACUGCAGAAGGAGCCCAAGUCUCGCGUCCCAACUCCUUCUCUGACAUGGCAGCUGCAUCCCCUAUGUUCUUCCAUGCCUCCGACGCACGAUCAACUGCUUCCUCCGAUUUGGAGACGUCCCGCCCUCGGCCGGGGCAGGGGCCGGUCCCGACAACAGCCCAGGAGCGACAGGUUGCAGAUGACUCGUAUUUCCUGAGCAAUAGCAAACGCCGUUCAGGGGGAUUACCUCGUCCGACACCGGCUAGAUCAGCUGUGUCUCCCUCCCCGCGAUUGAUAAAAUCGCCCCGACCAUCAGAUGCUACAUCUCCACUCUCCGACGAUACACAUUCGCAAACCAGUCUCAACCCAGACAUCAACUUUGACCAUGUUCUACAGCGUUUCGGUUCGACUUCAAGCAUCAAUCCCGAUAGACCACACCACCCGUCUAUCGGCCGGCAUACGAAAUCAGCAAGUAUUGAUUCGGCCAGCAAUAUUUCUUUCUCGCAUGAAGGACUUCGUGCCAGUCCAAUUAUCGUGUCCCACGACUUGAUUGAUGGUACGGCACCCGUGAUGUCGGAUCAAAUACCCACCCUUCGCCCACGCAUCUUCAGCAACGGUUCUUCUGUUUCCACAAACCCACCCAUGUCGGUUCCUAUGAGCCCCGGGAAAUCCGAAGUCGGCGAAGGCGCGUUAAAUGCUCGUACGGAGCGCAAGAUUCUGGAUUUGGAGAUCAGCAACUCAUCACUGCUUGCCAUCAAUCGAACUCUAGAGCGUGAAAUGCGCAAUCACAAGGCUGAGCUUCGACGAUUCCGACGCCUCAGCCGAUCUGGCCGUUUGUCUAUGGCACCUUCGGCCCGUUCGUUCUCCGGUAUUGCAUUGUCUACAACCAGUGAAAUGGAAGAAGGAAUCAGCGAAAUAUCCUCCAUCAGAUCUCCGGAUGACAUGUCUGACUUCAGUGACGACGACUCAAUCGCUGAUGAAGGCAUUCUGAGUCCAGAUUCGCUCGCAGAGCACGAUGCGAAACACCGGGCUCACGACGAGAAACGAUUUAUGGUUGACCUUGCCCGGCACCAAGAGCUUCUGGUCGACAGUCAGAAAAUGAACCAAAGCCUUAAACGAUGCCUCGGAUGGACUGAAGAACUUAUCAAGGAAGGUCAGAAGGCCCUUGAGUAUAGUGUACAUGUCCAGGACAUUGAAUUGGGCGGACGAGUCUUAUCUCCUGAAGAACUUGGUGAAGUUGGCGAGAGUGGACGGGCUUUGCUUAGCCCAUCUACUGAAUUUGCUGCUUUCCCUCCUCACGACACACCGUCCAAUUCUUACUUUGACUUUGACGCAGCAACACUCCCUCUACCCUCGUCUCCCGGUGGGACUGAUGUAAUCUUCUAA